UGAGGGAAGAUCGCGGGGAGAAACCCAAAAUUCACAGUGUUAAAUCCUCCACUUAAUCAUACUCUUGGACGGUAACAAAGACCAUAGGCACGGGCAAUCCCCCCUGCCUCUCGUAGAAUACGUCAAGUCCAAAGGCACAGGAAAGCAGUUUGGGGGCGUUAAGCACUGCACGCUCGAAGGCGAAUCCCAUGAAAAAUCACUCAACCUCACGCACUGUGUAAUGUAUUGAGAAAACGCCUAUGCAGGUGGAUCCCUCACCAAUGAAUGUAGGGGAUGGAGGGACGGUGAGUAGAGAGAGCAGUGCCCCUACCCAGGUGUCUGAGAGCAUGGUGGGGAAUCCACAGCAGACUCUGCCUCUUGAACUCAGAGGUGAUGUACCUCAAAGUCAGCAGAACAAGCUGAGGACGACUGCAGACUGCAAAACAAACGACGCCUGCUCAAACGCCAGCAAGGCCAGCAACUGUCCCCAAGUCCCACCCUCCCAACCUCACAGCAUUGCUCCUGUGAGCGCACUGUUGUCUGACAGGACAGAGGUUUCCAAAGGCAAAGUUGAUGGUACUGGUAUUUACUCCACUCACCAGUGGACUUGUGGUAAAAAGGUCAACGCAGAGGAGCCUGGAAUUUCCAUUUGCAGUAGUGUAAUCCCAAAUAAAAAGACUAACACACCAGCACCCACCCAACCUGUGAUAAGCGUACCGUUAGCGUUCCAGUGUUCCACGCUGUUUAAACCAGGCCAGCCUGUUGCUUUUCUUCCCUCCUCCAACUUUUCAUCUCCUCUUUGUAAGAUCACCCUGCCUCCAGCAUUAGGUCAGAUCGCGGCGCUGAGAGAAGCUACAGCUAGCCAGUUUCAAAAAGACUGCUCAGCGCAAAACCCUUGUUCAAGCACGGCACCCAUGCUGAAAACAUACCCGUAUCACUUCUCAGUGGGGAGAGGGCCUGGCGCUGAGAAGAAGCCCCAGUCUGCAGCAUCUAAAGUCUCUUUGUCCAAUACUAAGGGCUUUCAAGGUGGAGCUGAACAUAUGUCCACAAUGUCGUCUGUAGCAGCACCAGCCAUAGCCCUCCCAGUACAGCAGGCCUCACAAGGCUCGGCUCAACCAACUCGGUACACUAUCUCUCCCACCGCUGCCAUCUGCUGCAGCCCGGCUCUAGCGAAUAUCACCACUCAAAGCAGGCUGCUUAACCUUGUCGAAAAAGGUUCAACGUACCGAGGUGCUGAAAAGACCUCAUUGGCGUAUUUAAAACCCCAAACUCUGUCCACUCCUGAGGAGCACAAUGUUUCCUGCCCUAUUGAGUCAAGAGAUGUGCCUCUUGAUCUGUCUGCAAAGUCCAAACGUUCAAAAAGCAUUAAAGACGCACAGAACAACCCUACUGUUUCCACGGAACAUCAUCCUGUCGAGUCUCAUCAGAAAAACACGACUGGUUCGAAAAAGGGUCAAUCGGCAUCUUUCGGUUCGACGGGUAAGUACGCCCAACAUCCGGAGACUCAUAGAAAUGGCACAACUCAGAAAUCAAAACUAACAAAUCACCAUGCAUUGGAACCAACGGCAUCCUGGACCAAAGUCUCAUCACCCGGGUCUAUAAACAACCUCCCUUGUACGUAUGUAGGAGUGGCAAGUCCCAUUCUAGCAUCAACGCUACGUAGCAAAGAUGGAAAAAGCGCUGCUUUUGUUGAAGACAUCCAGACAUUUGCUAAACAGGAAACUAUAUCCAUCAUUGACCAAGGGGAGCAGCCUGUCUGCAAAGACAGGAAAACACCAUUUGCUGGAAAGGGUGCGCAGUAUAAUAAAGCUGGCAAGCUCUCAACCAGUACCCGCUCACCUGGAGCACAAGGUAUUUCAUCCAACCCAUUGUCAGCAACAGCUAAUUCACAACCCCACCGAAAGUCGGCUUGUGGAAAAGGAGGUACCCUGUUCACAUCUCCGGUUAAAUCAAUGUGGCAACCACCAUGUGUUUCCCAAGGGGCAUCAUUGCAGAAGAGGCCAAGUCAGACUCAUACCCCAAAGACUAAGAAUGCACCUAAUUGUGAGACAUCUUUGUUCCAUAAUUCCCAGUUAAACCCUACUAAAGUAGAAGAUGGUCAGUGGGAGAAAGCCAAAUCCCCCUUAUCCAACCUAGAGUCUAUCGUAAAGCAGAAAGCUCUCGAGACAACUGCGCUUACAGGGGAGAACUACUGUAGUCUGUCUACUGUGGGAUCCAAAAGGCCUGAGGUUGCCAGCUCGCAGGACCGAUGUCAGGACUCAACAUUGCAGCAGACCCUUACCGCUGGCUCUCCAACAUUCAGAGCCAUAGACAGACAGGCCAUCAUGGAUACCACAGCAGCUCUGAGUAGACAGGAGGUCACAAGUAUUUCUGCGACCAGAGAAAAAAGACGAGAGAAACAAAUGACACCGAGUGAAACUCUGCCAUCUGAUGGUAAUCAAAAAAUGAAAUCCAGUACUCCUAGUAAAAAGGGUGCAUCAGGUGUCCAAGGAGAAUGGAAGGAGAGGAAAUUGGCUCAACGGUUAGAGGAUGAAAUGGUAAAGGAGGAAAAGGCAUCGGAAAAGGCACAUGUUAAGGAAGAGGCCUUAUGCCUCCUUCAGACUGUACAGGCAGAGGGAGAGGCAAAAAUGAAUGGAGCCAAAGAAGUUAUACCUUGCAAAGGAAAGGCAUCAGCUGUCAAACAGAAAAAAGUCAAAAAGCCAGCCAAGCAGAAGACGCAUCUUGAAACGCAAAAGACUGUGGCAAUUACUAAGAAGCAGAAAGAUAAAGAGAGUCCAUCCGUCAAGCAAGGCUCCUCUCAUAAAAAGAAGAAAGAUCCAUCGACUGGAGUGGGAAAAAGUAAACUGCAGGAUGGAACGGAACCAGCUCCCAAAGUCACAGGAAAGACUCGCAAAAGGAAAAGCAGUCCAGCUAAUAUAGAGCACUCCAUCUUGAACAAAAUAGAUUCUGAGAGCAGUCCGUGCCGAAGCCCUCCGGUUGAGAGAGACUCGAGUUCUUUCAGCAGUACAGGCUGGCCUAGUAAGGAAUCACACUCCCAUGAGGAGGCCUCUCCUCGGCUGAGGCGAGGACGCAGGCGAACUGAUGAAGCGUUGCUCCGAGACUGGAGCUUUGUUGCUCCACCUACUCCUCCCCCUGUUGAUGCUCCCUCUACACCACCUCCUACCCCACCACCCCCUGUACCAAUCCGCCGGCCGCGUGGCAGGCCGCGGAUCAAUCCUCUGCCUGAGGAGGUGGAUGCGGACAAGGACAGGCCUGGUGAGGGUGGAGACGCCUCGUCAAUAAAGAAAAGGAAACGCUGCAAAAAUCGUAAAUAUCAGAAUGGGGAAUACAUAACAGAGAAGGAAAAGGUGGCAGAUGGGGAGGAGGAGAAGCUGGGCGUGGAAGACGGUGAGACGACUAAUGAGAAGAUGGGUGUGUAUCCUUGUCUCAGUGCCACGCUGACAAGCGGAGUGUCCAGCCCAAAUAUCAGCCCUAGACGGACACUGUUCACACGCUCAGGAUCAACUCGACCUCAAGAAAGUCCUCCUGCCCCAUUGCCCAAAGACAAACCCUCGGGAAAGAGGAAGUUCAAAAGUAAACACUUAUGUGAUGCAGAGGAUCAGAAGAAGCUCAAGACUAAGAAAAUCAGCUUGGGCAAACGCACAGGGACACUCAUGCCAGAUGAGGAUGUUCCAACCGUCAAGAAACCCGCAACUCCUUAUGUUUCUCCAAAGCAGUCCACCUCACCCCUGUCUGGUAAGAAAAAAACCGCCGGGAAAUCAAAUAUCCCUGAAUCUACUCCAAGCCGUCCAGUGCCUCCAGAAGUCCGUCGACUGAUCGUGAAUAAGAAUGCGGGAGAGACGCUGUUACAGAGGGCUGCUAGACUCGGUUACCAGGAUGUGGUUUUAUAUUGCUUGGAAAAAGACAUACGAGAGGUGAACCGUCGAGACAACGCAGGAUACACGGCACUGCACGAGGCCUGUGCGCGCGGCUGGACUCACAUAGUACAGGUGUUGCUGAAGCACGGUGCAGAUGUUAACUGCAGUGCACAGGAUGGAACGCGCCCUAUUCAUGAUGCAGUAGCAGCUGAUAAUCUGCCGGCAGUUUGGAUGCUGUUAAAUCACGGGGCGGAUCCUAUGCUGGCAACCUACUCUGGUCAGACGGCAGUUAAACUAGCCCAGAGUCCCGGGAUGAAAACUUUCCUCAAAGAAUACUUCACUGAUUUAGAGGGCCGAACAGAUCAAGAUCAAAGUGAACAGUGGGAUUUCUACAGUAGCUCUGUGUUUGAGACAGAGCAGGAACCUUGCUGGGACUUUCUGUUGUCUCAGCCUGAGGAGGACUGCGGGGAGAACUCAAGGGAGCAGGUGAAGGAGAGAGAUGCUGAUGCAGACUGUCUUGUCUUUGAGUUCUCUUCAGAACCCCUGCUUCCCUGCUAUCACAUUCAAGUAUCACUGACGCAGGGUUUUUGUAACUGGUUCUUGCUAACGGACGUGCUAAAGCGGCUUAAAAUGUCUUCACGGAUUUUCCGGGCUCGGUACCCUCAGUUCGAGGUGACGGGCAUCCCACUGGCAGAGUUGUGGAAGCAGGUCUCCGUCAGUCAGACGUGCGCGGCACCACACGAGCUCCGGCCGGCUGAAGAAGACGAAGGGGAGGAGACGGAGGAGCUGGUGCGAUGCGUGCCGGAGCUACAAGGACUGCUGGGUUCGUCCAUACAACUUCUCAGAGAAGCUGAAGAUGAGAAGUCAGAGGUCAACGCCAGGCCAUGCAGUCGAUAGCGACUCCUGCCCUCCAUCCGUUCCCAGGCCUCUAACAGUCCCUCCGCGCUCCCUCCUGUCUUUGAACGGGGAGCAGCGCGGUGCCGUCCAGUCGUGUGAGGGUCCUUUCCAUUGCGUCUGAUGGCCUGUUACCACUACCAGCAAUUUGUAUCUUCUGUGUCAACGGUCCUAUUUCCUCACAGACACUCUUACCACAGGCCACUUUCCCUCUCAGUAACAAAAAAGAAAAAGGGUCCUAAGGGGCCGCUUUGCCAUGCCUCACCUCAGGCUGAGGACGGACUCCACUGGGAAGCAACUUUCAGGUUACUUCUGUUGGUAUUUUUCACUAUUAAAUAAUUUUGUUUUUUUU